AGUUAAACUAAAAGAAGAAGAAAAAGAGGAGGAAGGAGAAGAAGGAAGAAAGGUUAACAUUAGAGACAGUUAUAAAGGUGACUGUGGUUGUAUGUAGAACCUCUGGAGAGCCAGGAUGCCACUGGAGGUCCGAUGGCCGUUCCCACAAUGCCCUGCGCUGGCGUGGCGGGUCUCCAGCUCCUUCAUCAUGGGCAUGGUGGGAACGUAUUCCUUCAUCUGGACCAAGUACAUGAACUACAUGAUCGUCCACAACCAGGAGGUUCUGCUGGACCUGAUUGACCACCGGCCGUCAGACACGCCCCUCAUCACUUUGUCCAAUCACCAAUCCUGCAUGGACGACCCGCUCAUCUGGGGUGUCCUGAAGCUGCGGCAUCUGUGGAGCUACAGGAAGAUGCGAUGGACGCCGACAGCGUCUGACAUCUGCUUCACCAGAGAGCUGCACUCCCGGUUCUUCAGCCGAGGAAAGUGUGUUCCUGUCUGCAGAGGUGAGUCCAAGCAAAGCCCCAGUUCCGGUUUCUGCACAAAUAAAAGACGCAGUAACAGUUUGUCUCCUGCAGGGGACGGUGUUUACCAGAAGGGCAUGGACUUUGUCCUGGAGAAACUCAACAAGGGAGAAUGGGUCCACAUUUUCCCUGAAGGGAAAAUCAACAUGACGGAGGAAUUUAUCCGCCUGAAAUGGGGUGUAGGGCGGCUGAUAGCAGAGUGCUCUCUGAAUCCCAUCAUCCUGCCGCUUUGGCAUGUAGGUUUGACCGACGUCCUGCCAAACGAGUCGCCCUACAUUCCUCGGACCGGGAACAGGAUCACGGUCCUGGUGGGAAAACCUUUCAGCGUCAAAGAGCUGGUUGAUUCCCUCCGAGCUGAAAACAAGAGCCAGAUGGAAAUGAGGAAGACGUUGACCGAUUUCAUCCAGACGGAGUUCAGGAACCUGAAAGCUCAGGCUGAAGGUCUCCACAGACAGAUAGAAACCAGAUCCUGAGGCUCGAUUUCCCUCCAAACAGCGAGCAGGACGGACCGACGGACGGACAGGUUGACGGAUGGACGGAGCAACGGAUGUAGCGUUAGCCUGGUCAGAUGCUAAAACACGGUUUGGACUCUGGGUCGGGUCACUAACCUUCUGCUCUGGACGACAUGCUGGAUUUUCAGUUAAAUUAUGAAGAAAACGACGAUCAUCAGUGAUUGUUUUCUGUAUUUUGAAGAAACAGAAUCUCCAGUUAUUAAAUAAAAAGCAUGUUUUAAAGUGAAUUAGCGAACAGCUGCUGUGAUGCAGGUUGAUGGCUGAUCGUUCUGAAUGUAUGUCGAUCCAGAAAAUGUUUCUGCUGUGGAUUUUUAAUCAUUUCUGUUCCUAGUUUUCAGAUCAAAUCCAACCUGUGCCUCUGUUCACCUCACUUGUUUUUACAUUUGUUAUUCCUAAUUUUUAAUUCUCAUAUUUAAUUUAAAAUCAUUUCAGCUUUGAUUUAGCUACGUCAGGCUAGCAGUUUACGAAGGCGGUAAUUUAAAAUACAUUUACGAUCUUUCUUCACUGUUGUGUUUUGAUGUUGAUUCUGAUGGAGAAUUCGACGUAAAGCUGCUCUGUAAGUGACCAGGAAGUGUUGUGCAGUUAAAGCGCCUGUGGAUUUACAAGCAUCUAUAAACUGAUGUCAGUCCUGAUUCGUUAACGUGCCAAAGCAUCAGCAGCUAAACGCCUGGUUCUGUUUAUAUCUUUCCAUUUCCAUCAAGUUUUCUCUAAAAGUUGGACUUUUUCUGACUCUGUUAGCAUCUAAAUCUAACAGUUUUUAGAUUUAGAUUUAGAAUAAUACGUUGCUCUGCAAACCCAUAACUCUAAUUUUACUCCUCUUAUAUGUUCAACUCUUAAUUUUUCCAUCAAAGCUACAAACUGACGUCUUUAGCCUGUUUUAUCUUUUAUAAGGUAACUUUUCACGCUCGUUUACCUCAACGUUGUGCCACAUGUCGGUUAGGGAACCGUCUGGUUGAUUUCUGGUCUCUGUCUGAGGUCAGAGGUGCUUUAAUCUGUUUUCUGUCCUCUGGUUUCUGAUUCCUGCUCGGUUUUUCGUUCAUCUCUUUGCUGCAGCACCGAUCACUAUCACAGUUGUGGCUGAAUCGCUUUUACAGCCUGGCAGUUCAACACCAAACACUUGAUUUGUCAUAUUCUUGAUGGGUUUUUUAUGGCCAUUAUGUGAAGGUUUUGGGAAAGUAUUGAUGUUUGGAAAAUGCUGGAUUUUCUGUAGAUCUACUAAGUUUUUGAAAUUAUCCCCAACUUUAAUGCAUAUUUUGUAUAAAUAGAGAGUAUUUUAUCCCAAGAUUACUGACUUUUCUAAGGGAAACAGAACAUUAAUUUCCCAUUAUUUUAAGUGAAUCACCUUCCUGUCAUUGUUACUCUUUCCUCCUGUAUGCUUUCAAUAAAGCGUCUGACUUUUAAA